AGACAAUGCAAUAACUCAGGUUAACCCACAUAUUUUCUGCAUUCAAGACAUCCAAAUUUUCUCAAAAAUUACAUAGUGUAGAAGAAGAAGUAAGAAAGAUGACUCUGAAACUCUAUGUUGAUCGAACUUCUCAACCUUCUCGAGCCGUUCUCAUCUUCUGCAAGGUCAAUGGGAUUGAAUUUGAGGAGAUUAAUGUAGAUUUAUUCAAAAAAGAACAUAAAUUGCCUGAAUACGUUAAAGCAAUAAACCCUUUUGGGCAAGUUCCAAGUAUAGCUGAUGGAGAUUUCAAGCUUUUUGAGAGUCAUGCAAUUUUAAGCUAUCUUGCUUGUGCAUACCCGGGAGUUGCUGAUCACUGGUACCCAAGUGAUCUACAGAAGAGAGCUAAGAUCAAUUCAGUCUUAGAUUGGCAUCACUCCAAUUUACGCCGUGGUGGAGUUGGGUAUGUCAUACAAACAAUACUUGGACCUGUAAUAGGAAAACCUACAAGUCCAGAAGCAGCUGCCGAAACCGAGCAAAUUUUGAUCUCAUCGUUAUCAAAAAUUGAGUCAGUUUGGCUUAAUGAAGAUGGGGACUUCUUGUUGGGUAAUAAGGAACCAUCUAUUGCUGAUCUUAGCCUUGUUUGCGAAAUCACGGAAUUUGAGAUUUUGCAUGAGAAGGAUCGCAUCCGAAUAUUAACUCCAUUCAAGAAGGUAUUGAAGUGGAUUGAGGAUACAAGAAUCGCAACAAGCCCUCAUUUCGAAGAAGUGCAUAAAGCCAUAUUGGCAUCAAAGGCAUCUUUGCUCAAACUACCAGUUGAUGAAAACUACGAAACCGGGUCAAGCAUCAAAGCCAUGCUUCAUUGUUUGUUAUUUUGAUGCCUGUUUCAUUGUUUUGCUAACUGUGGCUGUC